AUGAAUACCCGUGCCCUUCCUCCUAAUGGGGAGCUGCUUCGUCAGAGCUUCGGCCUCGCCGUCUCCUCCGUCCAUCUCGGCUCCUUAUCUCGCCUCCUUAUCUUGCCUCCUCAUCUCGGCUCCUCAUCUCGCCUCCUUAUCUCGGCUCCUUAUCUCGGCUCCUUAUCUCGGCUCCUUAUCUCGCCUCCUUAUCUCGCCUCCUUAUCUCGGCUCCUUAUCUCGGCUCCUUAUCUCGCCUCCUUAUCGCGGCUCCUCAUCUCGGCUCCUUAUCUCGCCUCCUUAUCUCGCCUCCUUAUCUUGCCUCCUUAUCUCGGCUCCUUAUGUCGGCUCCUCAUCUCGGCUCCUCAUCUCGCCUCCUCAUCUCGGCUCCUCAUCUCGGCUCCUCAUCUCGGCUCCAUAUCUCGGCCCCUCAUCUCGGCUCCUCAUCUCGCCUCCUUAUCUCGCCUCCUUAUCUCGGCUCCUUAUCUCGGCUCCUUAUCUCGGAUCCUUAUCUCGGCUCCUUAUCUCGGCUCCUUAUCUCGGCUCCUUAUCUCGCCUCCUUAUCUCGCCUCCUCAUCUCGGCUCCUCAUCUCGGCUCCUCAUCUCGCCUCCUCAUCUCGCCUCCUUAUCUCGGCUCCUUAUCUCGGCUCCUUAUCUCGGCUCCUUAUCUCGCCUCCUUAUCUCGGCUCCUUAUCUCGGCUCCUUAUCUCGGCUCCUUAUCUCGCCUCCUUAUCUCGGCUCCUCAUCUCGGCUCCUCAUCUCGCCUCCUCAUCUCGGCUCCUCAUCUCGGCUCCUCAUCUCGGCUCCUCAUCUCGGCUCCUCAUCUCGCCUCCUUAUCUCGGCUCCUUAUCUCGGCUCCUUAUCUCGGCUCCUAAUCUCGGCUCCUUAUCUCGCCUCCUUAUCUCGGCUCCUCAUCUCGGCUCCUCAUCUCGGCUCCUCAUCUCGCCUCCUUAUCUCGGCCCCUCAUCUCGGCUCCUCAUCUCGCCUCCUUAUCUCGCCUCCUUAUCUCGCCUCCUUAUCUCGGCUCCUUAUCUCGGCUCCUUAUCUCGGCUCCUCAUCUCGGCUCCUCAUCUCGGCUCCUUAUCUCGGCUCCUUAUCUCGGCUCCUCAUCUCGCCUCCUUAUCUCGGCUCCUCAUCUCGCCUCCUCAUCUCGCCUCCUUAUCUCGGCUCCUCAUCUCGCCUCCUCAUCUCGCCUCCUUAUCUCGGCUCCUCAUCUCGGUUCCUUAUCUCGGCUCCUUAUCUCGGCUCCUUAUCUCGCCUCCUUAUCUCGGCUCCUCAUCUCGCCUCCUCAUCUCGGCUCCUCAUCUCGGCUCCUCAUCUCGGCUCCUCAUCUCGGCUCCUUCUCUCGGCUCCUUAUCUCGGCUCCUCAUCUCGCCUCCUUAUCUCGGCUCCUCAUCUCGCCUCCUCAUCUCGCCUCCUUAUCUCGGCUCCUCAUCUCGCCUCCUUAUCUCGCCUCCUCAUCUCGGUUCCUCAUCUCGGUUCCUUAUCUCGGCUCCUUAUCUCGGCUCCUUAUCUCGCCUCCUCAUCUCGGCUCCUCAUCUCGCCUCCUCAUCUCGGCUCCUCAUCUCGGCUCCUUAUCUCGCCUCCUUGUCUCGCCUCCUUAUCUCGGCUUCUUAUCUCGGCUCCUCAUCUCGGCUCCUCAUCUCGGCUCCUCAUCUCGGCUCCUCAUCUCGGCUCCUUAUCUCGGCUCCUCAUCUCGCCUCCUCAUCUCGGCUCCUCAUCUCGGCUCCUUAUCUCGGCUCCUUAUCUCGGCUCCUUAUCUCGCCUCCUUAUCUCGCCUCCUUAUCUCGCCUCCUUGGUUUUGCUGCUUGUAAAGAGGAGAUUCUGUGA